AGUCUAGCCAAAGUGGGGAUAGGAAAAAGAUCUAAAGAACACGGUCGAGUGGGUAUCGUCGGUCAUCGUGCAUUAUUAUAUUUGGUUAGUGCUGUGGAUUAGUUAAAAAUUUGAUAAAAUUUGUUAAACAUCAACAACUUGUGUUCAAAUAUUCAAUAAGGAAUGGCAUCGGACGAUGAAGUCGAUGAUUCUUUCGCCGGGGAAGAAGAUGCCCCCGAAGACACUGGCGAACAAUUAGAAAAUGAUCCUGAUUCCGAAGAUGUUAUGCCCAAAGGAGGGGAUGAAGAUGAUGAUUAUGAACCUGAAGACGGUAGGAAGAAAAAGAAAGGGAAGAAAAGAAAAGCGAAAGGAGAAGAAAAGAAAGGCAAGAAAAAGAAGAAAAAACGCAAAAAUGAUAGUGGAGAUGAAAGUGAUUUUCCAGAAGAGGAAAUUGCGGGCGGGGACUCAGAUUAUGGAAGUACCAGUAAAAGAGGAAGGAAAAAAGGUUCUACUAAACAUUCAUCUACUUCUUCUACUCCAACGCCAGCUGGUGAUCACAGUACUGGAGGAGGAAUGCCAACAAUAGAACAAGUUUGCUCCACAUUUGGUCUAACUGAUGUCGAACUAGACUAUUCUGAUGCUGAUAUGCAAAAUUUAACAACGUACAAACUAUUCCAACAACAUGUUAGGCCUCUACUUACCAAGGAAAACCCUAAGGUACCAAUGUCUAAACUUAUGAUGCUUGUAGCGGCGAAAUGGCGUGAAUUUUCAAAUGCCAACCCUAGUUUACAGAGCGAAAGCGAAUCAUCAGCUGCAACACCAUCUGAAGAAACUUACCCCAAAGUAAAUCGAUCUAGAGCAUCUAAAGAGGCGGCACAAAAGAUAGUAGAGGCUGAUUCUGAACCAUAUGACGAUGACUUUGAUGACGAAGAAGAUGAGGAGAAAUCUAAGAAAAAACGGAGUUCUAGAGGUAGACCAAGUAAAAAGAAAGCUGCUACUAAAGUCCCGACUCUCAAGAUCAAGCUAGGGAAGAGAAAAAGAGGCAGUUCGGAUGAGGAAGGUGAUAACAGUGCUGGGGGUUCGGACCGUGAUUCGGAUGCAGAAUUUGAACAAAUGUUACAAGAAGCCGAAGAACCUAAAUCAAAUAAAUCGACCAAUGGUGAUGAGAGUGCCCAACCACCUGAAGCAAAUGUAGAAGAAGCGCCACAACCAAAACGCAAAGCCAAAACAAAAAUUGGUUGCAAGACAAAAAGGAAGAAGAAAGUUAAGGGCGGUAAACCAGAAGAUGAAAACUAUGAACACCAAGAUUAUUGUGAGGUUUGUCAGCAAGGAGGAGAAAUUAUCCUUUGUGAUACUUGUCCUAGAGCCUACCAUCUGGUAUGCUUAGAACCGGAAUUAGAAGAAGCGCCCGAAGGAAAAUGGAGUUGUCCUCAUUGUGAAAAUGAAGGUCCUGCCGAACAAGAUGAUGACGAACAUCAAGAAUUCUGCAGAGUUUGUAAAGACGGUGGAGAACUAUUAUGUUGUGAUUCUUGUACAUCUGCUUACCAUACACAUUGUCUCAAUCCACCCCUUACGGACAUUCCUGAUGGGGAUUGGAAAUGUCCUAGAUGUGGUUGUCCCCCUCUGGUGGGUAAAGUGGCUAAAAUAUUAACUUGGAAAUGGGUUGACGAACCUCCAAAGAAGAAGGAGAAUUCAGAUGACGAUUCACCUACAAGACACAGGGAAUUCUUUGUAAAAUGGCAGGAGCAAUCUUAUUGGCAUUGUAGUUGGAUAACCGAGCUCCAAUUGGACGUGUAUCAUCCUCUAAUGUUCCGUAGUUAUUCCCGAAAAUGGGAUAUGGAGGAACCUCCGAAGAUCGAAGAACCAAUAGAUGAAUCAGACAGUCGUUGUACCAGAUUAUUAAAAAUGGGCGGUAAAAAUAACGACGAAGAACUGGAAGAAAAAUAUUACAAAUACGGAGUUAAACCUGAAUGGCUUGUAGUUCAUCGUGUAAUUAAUCAUAGGACGAUGCGAGAUGGUAGGACCUUGUAUUUAGUAAAAUGGCGUGAAUUAACCUACGAUCAAGCGACUUGGGAAGAGGAAUCUGAUGAUAUACCUGGACUCAAACCCGCUAUUGAAUAUUAUCACGAUUUGAGAGCUGCCUGUUUAACUGGAUCUGCCGGAAGUAAAAUUGGUAAAAAAGGAAAAUCAAAGAAAUCGAAAACUAAAGAAAUAAUGGACGAUGAAGAUCGGAACGGACCACGUAGGUAUACUCCGCCGCCAGAAAAACCUUGCAGCGAUCUGAAGAAAAAAAUGGAUAAGCAACCCUCUUAUUUGGACGAAAGUGGUGUACUCCACGAAUACCAAUUAGAAGGAUUGAAUUGGCUUCGGUAUUCCUGGGCGAACGGCAUUGAUACAAUCCUAGCGGAUGAGAUGGGUUUAGGAAAAACAAUCCAAACAAUAGUGUUUUUAUAUUCGCUUUAUAAAGAAGGUCAUUGCAGAGGUCCGUUUUUAAUUAGUGUACCUCUAUCCACGAUCAUCAAUUGGGAAAGAGAAUUUGAAACUUGGGCACCGGAUUUUUAUUGUAUCACAUAUGUCGGUGACAAGGACUGUAGAGCUGUAAUUCGAGAAAACGAAAUCAGUUUUGAGGAAGGGGCAGUGAGAGGUGGAAGAGCUUCCAGAAUUAGAGCCAGUUCUAUUAAAUUUAAUGUUUUACUUACGAGCUAUGAAUUAAUUUGUAUCGACUCUGCAUGUUUAGGUUCCAUCGAAUGGGCUGUUUUAGUAGUUGAUGAAGCUCAUAGACUUAAGAGCAAUCAAUCCAAAUUUUUCAAAAUAUUAAAUAGCUAUAACAUCGCCUAUAAACUUCUUCUUACUGGUACACCUCUUCAAAACAACCUCGAGGAACUGUUCCACUUGCUUAACUUCCUCAAUGGUCAAAAAUUCAACGAUCUUCUAACUUUCCAAGCGGAAUUCGCAGAUAUAUCCAAAGAAGAUCAGGUGAAGAAAUUACACGAAAUGUUAGGACCUCAUAUGUUGCGACGUCUCAAGGCUGAUGUAAUGAAGAGCAUGCCUUCUAAAUCGGAAUUCAUAGUCAGAGUGGAAUUGUCUCCAAUGCAGAAGAAAUACUAUAAAUAUAUUCUAACGAGGAAUUUCGAAGCUUUAAAUCCAAAAGGUGGUGGUCAGCAGGUGUCUCUGUUAAAUAUAAUGAUGGAUUUGAAGAAAUGUUGUAAUCAUCCGUAUCUGUUCCCAGCCGCCGCCGAAGAAGCUCCUCUAGGUCCUCACGGUAAUUGGGAUGUUGGACAUUUAACGAAAGCUUCAGGAAAAUUAGUACUUUUAUCAAAAAUGUUGAAAAAACUUCGAGAACAAGGUCACAGAGUGCUUAUAUUCUCGCAGAUGACGAAAAUGUUGGAUAUAUUGGAAGAUUUUUUGGAAGGGGAAGGGUAUAAAUAUGAACGUAUCGAUGGAGCUAUCACUGGAAAUCUUCGACAGGAAGCCAUUGAUAGGUUCAACGCACCUGGUGCUCCCCAAUUCGUUUUCUUGUUAUCCACCAAAGCAGGUGGUUUAGGUAUCAAUCUAGCAACAGCUGAUACCGUCAUCAUAUACGAUUCCGAUUGGAAUCCUCACAAUGAUAUACAGGCCUUUUCUCGAGCUCACCGUAUUGGUCAGGCUAAUAAAGUCAUGAUAUAUCGAUUUGUAACUAGAAACAGUGUCGAAGAACGAGUUACGCAAGUCGCAAAAAGGAAAAUGAUGUUGACACAUUUAGUAGUUAGACCCGGUAUGGGUGGAAAAGGCGCCAACUUCACCAAACAGGAAUUGGAUGAUAUUUUAAGGUUCGGUACUGAAGAAUUGUUCAAGGAAAGUGAAGGUAAAGAAGACGAAGCUAUACAUUACGAUGAUAAAGCUGUAGGGGAGCUUCUAGAUCGUUCCAAAGAAGGUAUUGAACAAAAAGAAAGUUGGGCCAACGAAUAUUUGAGUUCUUUCAAAGUCGCCAGUUAUGUAACGAAAGAAGGUGAAACGGAAGAAGAAGUUGAUACAGAAAUUAUCAAACAAGAAGCUGAAAACACCGAUCCUGCAUACUGGAUCAAAUUAUUAAGACAUCAUUAUGAACAACAACAAGAAGAUAUUGCCAGAACUUUGGGCAAAGGAAAGAGAGUUAGGAAACAGGUUAAUUAUAACGAUGGAGGAAUGACAACUGAUACAAGGGAAGAUACGACAUGGCAAGAGAAUCUGUCUGAUUAUCAUUCCGAUUUUUCCGCCGGAUCUGACGAGGACAAAGAGGACGACGAUUUUGAUGAGAAGAAUGAUGCUGAUCUGAGCAGGAGAAGCCGCAGGAAAAUUGAAAGGAAGGACGAAAAAGAUCGACCGCUACCACCACUUCUUGCUAGAGUCGGUGGUAAUAUUGAAGUACUCGGUUUUAACGCUAGACAACGUAAAGCUUUCCUAAACGCAAUCAUGCGAUACGGAAUGCCACCGCAAGACGCUUUUAAUUCCCAAUGGUUAGUACGUGAUCUCAGAGGAAAAUCCGAAAAGAUUUUCAAAGCUUACGUUUCUCUAUUUAUGAGGCAUUUAUGCGAACCCGGUGCUGAUAAUGCCGAUAAUUUUGCCGAUGGUGUACCUAGAGAAGGACUUAGUAGACAACAUGUUCUUACAAGGAUAGGAGUUAUGUCUCUGAUCAGGAAAAAAGUUCAAGAGUUCGAACACAUCAACGGCGAGUACAGCAUGCCAGAAGUCAUUAAAAAAACCAUAAUGGAUCAAAACAAAACUAGUACUUCUUCAACUGAAACGGAAACGCCCAAAAGCACGACAACUAGCACUAGCGCAACUCCAGCUACUAGCGCAGCACCUAGUCCAGCUCCAACGCAAGUUGAAGAUAAAGAAAAAGAUAAAGAUUCGGUACAAAGUGAUGAAGUUAAAGAUAAAGACGUUAAAGUAGAUACAGAAGUUGAAGAAAAACAGACUGAUCCACCCGCUUCCGAAAAAGUAAAACAAGAAAACGAAGAAGUAAAAGAAGUUUCGCCAAAGACUGAAACGACAGAAGUAACUUCCGAGGCAGAUAAAUCUGAAAUAAAGUCCGAAGUUGACACAUCGUCUGUGACUAGUGAAGAAAAGAAAGAGGAUAAAGAAUCUGAAAUAAAGAAAGAAGAAAUAGAGGAAGUUAAAGAUGAACCUAAAGAGGAAAUUAAAAAAGAUGAUGAAAAUGAUAAGAAAGAUGACAAAAUUAAAAUUGAGAAAAAAGAAGAUGAUGAUAUUAUGGUGAUUGAACCGGACGAAAAAGAUAAAAAGGAUAAGAAAGAAAUCGAUUUGGAGGCUAAAAAACGUUUCAUGUUCAAUAUCGCCGACGGUGGUUUCACAGAACUUCACACCCUAUGGCUCAACGAGGAAAAAGCCGCCUCUCCAGGUAGAGAAUACGAAAUAUGGCAUCGUCGUCAUGAUUUUUGGUUAUUAGCCGGCAUUGUAUCGCACGGUUACGGUAGAUGGCAGGAUAUACAAGCCGAUGCUAGAUUCGCAAUUAUAAACGAACCUUUUAAAAUGGACGUGGGAAAGGGUAACUUUUUGGAAAUCAAAAAUAAGUUCUUAGCCAGGAGAUUUAAGUUACUGGAACAAGCGUUGGUAAUCGAAGAACAACUUCGUCGCGCCGCUUAUCUUAAUCUCACACAAGAUCCCAACCAUCCAGCGAUGUCUCUAAACGCUCGUUUUGCUGAAGUAGAAUGUCUUGCCGAAUCCCACCAACAUCUUAGCAAGGAAUCUUUGGCCGGUAACAAACCUGCUAAUGCAGUACUACACAAGGUGCUGAAUCAGCUCGAGGAGUUGUUGUCCGAUAUGAAAUCGGACGUGUCUAGAUUGCCCGCAACGUUAGCCAGGAUACCACCGGUCGCGCAACGGUUGCAGAUGUCAGAAAGGAGUAUUUUAUCUCGAUUGGCUGCCACUUCCUCCACGAGUAGUCAAUCGACAAGUAAGUCUCAAGUGAUGAGUCAGUUCCCGCCGGGUUUCUCCGCUGGUUCCUUACCAGGUUUCACAGCCUCAAGUGGAAAUUUCUCAAACUACAGGCCUCAAUACUCAGUUCCCGGCCAACCUCCAGCGGGUUUUCCCUCAUAAUAAAAAUAAUUAUGUAAUUUAAGAAAACACGAAGAUAGCUCAAAUCCAUAAACUAAUUUAUUAUUCCUUUAUCAAGAAUAUUUAUUUUCGAGUCUGCGGAUCUGUGUUUUGAAAUUUUGUCUUUUUAGGGCUUUAAUAUAGGUCAUAGAAGAGAUUCGGGGUAUUAUGUACAUCAUGUCAAAUAAACGAUUUUAAGUAUUUGAAA